UUAAAAGUCAAUAAAAAAUUUGAUAAAACGAUGCAAAAUAAUUCUGAAAUAGAGAGACCACCUAAACCAAUUUGGGGAACUGAAAUUACAAUGCCUUCAGAAUUAAAUGAAUUAAAUGAAUAUGAUUUUUCUAUUGUAGAAAGUCAAGACGUAUCUGGUAUAUUAUCAUGUUAUAAAAAUAAGUCACAUUUUUUGACACAAUUUCAAUUAAAGAAUAUAUAUCACAGAUCCCACAACAAGUCUUCUGACUCCAACAGAAGAAUAUCUUCAUAUGACCAAACGUCUCAUUGAAAAAGGUACAUUAUCACCUCGUACUUCUAUGAUACUUAAAGAACUUUAUACAAUAUACGAAUUGAAUGAUGGAUAUGGUUUAGCAACUUUUGAUUCGAAAUAUGUGUACGUUAAACCAGAUAAACUAGAUAUUCGAAAAGAUUCUAUAGAAAUUAUUAAACCUCCAAUAAAAAAAAAAAAACGAAAAGAAAUAGUUAAAGAGGAAGAAUAUGUAUCAAGAGAAUCAUCAGUAUCUCGAAGAAGCACAAUAAUAACUCUGGAAGAAGAACCUUUGUUCGGUUUACAUGUUGUCAAAGACACCACAUUUGAACGGCCUUGUGAUCCAGAGGCGAUUAAAAUCAACAAUAUUUUUUCUGAUUUUUCUUUGAUCGAUACAGGUCACGAUAAAUGUAUAAAAAGGCGCAUCACUCAGUGGAUAAAAGAAAAUUUCAAUAAGAAGGAAGAACAAGGAACUAGUGAACAAAAGAAAAGUUUAUGGAAAAUCUUUGUAGUAUUCGCAGCCUUCUUGGCAAUAGCCAACGCAGGUGGCCCAGCUUCUUACGACAUCGCAGCAUCAUCAGGAGAUCAUAGCAGCAUUGGUUUCAGCCAGGAGUCUACGCAAAAAGGAUUCGCUGGCCAGAAUGUGAUCUCCUCUUAUACAAAAUCUGACGAUUCCGCUCAUUCCUUUGUUCGUGUUAGCAGUCAGAGUAUCAGCAACGAUGCUCUUUUGAACUACGACAUUGCCCAUGCUCCUCUCGUGAAGGCUGCCUAUUCUACCCCAGCCUAUCUCGCCCCAACCGCUGCUCCUCUUAUUGCCAAGACUUAUGCUGCACCGUAUAGCUACAGUGCUCCUUUGUUGACCAAGACCUACACCGCCUCUGCUCCUUUGAUUACCAAGACUGCUGUAGCUGCACCAGCUCCUCUUUUGCACGCUGCACCAGCUUCUCUUCUGACCAGAUAUACCGCUCCAAUCGGUACUGUAGCUCCAGCUCCUCUUUUGCAUGCUACAUCAGCUGAACCUUUGUUACACGCCGCUCCAGCUUCCUUCUUGCACGCUGCACCGGCUGCUCCUCUUCUUGCCAAGAGCUACGGAUACGCUGCCCAGGCUCCAAUCAUCGCUAAAAGUGCUCUGAUCGCCCCAGCCGCCGGAUAUGCUGCCUCCAUUACACCAGCUGCUCCUCUUUUGGCCAAGACUUACGCUGCUGUUCCUCAUCAAGCUCAACUGGUCACCAAGGCUUACGGAUACGAAACUGCCGCCCCCGUUGUACACACAGUUUUCAAUGGUUUCGGUACCAGCUAUGCCUGGUAAAUUUUUAAUUCCAUGUGAUAACCCUUUUGAUUUUCUUUGAAAGAAUGUUAGAUCUUGGUCUUCUCAAGUCUUGGGAAUAUUAGAUCUCUCGAACAAAAUUUCGAAGGCUCGAUGAUUCUAAAAAAAAAUAUCAUCUCUUAGAUAAAGUUCUAUUGAGAUAUAAUUAAAACGAUGAAUUUUAUUUGAAGAAAGCUU